AUGGUGGACUCUUUGUCUCUUUUACUUGCUUUGGAGUUGCUUGACGACUCUGAAGUUGAAUCAAGCGAUGUAUUGGGCGAGGACGACGAUAUAACGUUGUUCAGUGUAGCAAGCUGUUACAUGCGUAGGAAUUUAAAUCGAGUCUGCGACUUUUUUGAGGGCACGAUACCGCUUUAUUUUCCUGAUGAGUUCAAGAGCCACUUUAGAAUGACGAGACAAACUUGCGAGCUGUUCACUCGCGCUGUAAUAUCCACAGGAAUGAUACCACUUGGAAAUGGAUCUGGGCGAGCUGCCAUCCCAUCCUCAAAGCAAGUUUUAGCUUUCCUUUGGAGUAUGGGUAACCAAGAGCCUGCUCGAGCAGUCGUAGACAGGUUCGACAUUACAGUGAGUUGCGUGAACCGCGUUCUGAAACGCCGUAUCACAAGCGGCAAUUCAUCUUUCAGGCCAAUUCAUCCGAUGGCCUAA